AUGCCACGUUUAGAGGAUUGGGAAAUCAAGAAGUAUUGGGAAAUAUUCCAAGGCUUGAACCCGGUAAAUAAUAAAUUGACUGGAGAUAGAGUCUCGCCAGUUUUAAAGAAUUCAAGAUUAAGAGAUGAUCAAUUAUCUAAGAUAUGGGAUUUAUCAGAUAUAGAUAACGAUGGGAAAUUAGAUUUUGAAGAAUUUUGUAUUACUAUGAGAUUAAUUUUUGAUUUAGUAAAUGGGAAUCAGGAAAGUGUACCCAACCAAUUACCUAAUUGGUUGAUACCAUCAUCCAAAGCACAUUUAAUACAAGCUAAUCAAGCGGUUGCUAGCGGGAAUAAUACUUACGGGUCGAAUAAUACUACUGAUGAUGAAGAAGAGCAAUUAUCUGAUGAUUUUGAUUGGUAUAUUUCCCCAACAGAUAAGAGAACCUAUGAAUCGAUUUAUAAUUCGAACAGUGAUUCCUACGGAAGAGUUAGAUUUGAUUCAUUAGAAGGAUUAUAUCAAACAUUAAGUAAAGUACCUAAAUCCGAUAUAUCAUCCGCUUGGAAUUUAGUGAAUCCCAAAUCAUUUGAAACCAUUGACAAAGAUCAAGUAUUAGUAUUUUUACAUAUAUUAAAUCAAAGAGAAAAUGGGAAAAGAGUGCCACGAGGAGUGCCAGCAUCGUUGAGGGCCACAUUUUCUAAAGAGGUACCCACUUAUGAUUUAAAUCAACCACAAGCAAAACCAAUAAGUGAGACAAGUAGUAAGAAAAAUUUUGCAAGUAAUUAUUUGAGUAGAAUUGGACAAGCCAAUAAUGAAAGAGGCACUGAUUUUUCAGCUACUGAAGGAACUGAUUGGGAAGAGGUUAGAUUAAGAAGAGAAUUAGCCAAUUUAGAAGAAGUAUUGAAAAAAGUACAAGAUAAUGAUCAAGGUAAGUCAGGAACUACCGAGCUGCAAAUGAUAAAGUAUGAAUAUGAACAAUUACUUAAAUUUAAGCAAGAGAAAUUGAAUAAAGUGAGGGAAUCUAGUGAUAAAGAUUUGAGUGAUGUUAAGAAUGAUAUUGAAUUGAUUGAAACCCAAGUGACUACAUUAGAAGGUUUUUUAAAAGAAAAAGAAGGCGAAUUGAAUCAACUUAAUCAAGAAAUUCGAGCAUUAACUUAG